UCACUUUUUCAAUAAAAACACUAUGAAUGUGUGUUAUUUAAUCAGAAGGAUAUCUUCCUGAUUAAAUAAUCAAUUUGUCUGAAAGUCAGUAUGCGGGUGCGGUGACAAGACACGACCAAAAAGUUGACAAUAAAUGCAAAAACGCUAAAACAAAAGAAUGUUUUAAUUUGUUCAAUGAAUGAUUUCUCUUGGACUUUAAAAAUACAUCAUGUUCAUGCACGCUUUUUUCCUUCUUUUUUUUUACUGUAUCUUUAUGUAACAAAAGCAGAGUUCAGCAGAGAAAGACAAAAGUGAUGUGAACUGACAAUAUUUUAAUGGGGGGGAUAAAAGACUGUAAGUGAUCAAUGGAGGCGGCGGCCAAGUGAUGCCCGGGGGACGGCUUUGAUGUGGGCAUCCUCAGAGGGACGCCGGGGACAAUGCCCUCUUUGAGGGGCAUGCAGAAUGGCAGACACUUCCCUCUCCCUCUCUCUCUCCCUCUCGCACUCAACCUCCCUCCAUCCAUCUCCUGCUCGCUCUGCUCACGCUGUGACUCUUCAGUUCAGACUUCUCUCUCGCUGUACGUUCUUCUACUCCAGUGUCACAUCAGCCCAUAUCCUUAUCGGCAUAACUUUCUCCCUCUUCCUCUCACAUUAAUUAAUUCAAACAACACCCCCUUUCCUGCCGCCCAGCCAAUCGCUCCGCUUUCCCCUUCUCCCCCCUCCCUAUCUGCAUCUCUCUUUCCCUCCCCCUGUCUCUUUUCAUAGAACCAAACCUCUUUGUAAUGUCCAGCCUUGGCAAGUUGCACCCGAUUUGCUGUCACAGUCUUAAUGAAUUCAUCUGUUUGUGUAUUGGCCAUGGGAGCAGUUCUCCCUCCUCCCUCUCUCUCUUCCCUAUCCUCUCCCCCCUCCUCCCUCUUACUGGUGUUCCCCUGGGGGCUCUAUAUAUACCAGGGACCACUCCAGGCACCUAUUGUUCCCAGAAGUAAACUUACAGACAGAUGCCCUGCACCACAGUGUGGGAGAGAGCCCAGAGAGUCAGGAGGAGGGAGACGGUUAAGGAUUGCAGAGACAACAAGGACCUGGAAGCACUGCAGGCUCGCCUCACCUCCAGCACCUCUGCAUCCUCUUCGCGUGUCUCCUGCCUGUUUGCGUGUUGUCACUGCCGAGUGGAGGUCUGAUGCUCUGACACCAUGCUGCUGCUGAUAUCACUGCUGCUUACGGGACUCGACUGCUUGCUGGGAGCCCCGACAGGUCGAGAGGUCUACAGGAUGCCCCAGAGUGCACUCAAAGCUCUGUCCGAUCGUGGCACCGUGGUUCUGGAGGCAGCCAUGACUAGCGCUCUGUCUGCUCUCGAGCGUGCAUCGUCUGAGAGGAGUCGGGCUGAAGCAGGCUGCCGGGGCUGCGCUCCCUGUUUGUUUCAGGACUGUGGGCAGCUGUCUGGCUCCUGUUUGUCUCCUGCCAAUGCCUUAUCAGAGCCCAGCUGUGAUGUCAUAAGUAAGGCCCAGAAGCUUCAAGAUGAAGCCGAGCGGAGUUGGGCUCUGAGCCAGGCAUGUGCGUACUAUCAGCAUCGCUGUCCAGCUGGUGAACUGGACAAAGAGAGCUGCAUCAGGAUCAUGGGUGAGAGCUGCAGCGCCCGCGUCCUCCAGUGCAGCCUGCUUAACACAAUGCAGAACCUGGAACCUGCUACACAGACGCAUGCACAGGGUGAGGGGAUACGUGUGUUCACGAUAAAGUAUUCAUGUGUUCGUGAGGCUCAUGUUUCUCUACACAAAACUCAUUUUGCUGCAGUUUUUGAUCAGCGUCUCUCUGUUCCAGCAGCAGUGUGCGGUCAGAGGUCAUCACAAAACGUCACACAGCCUCGCUCGCGGAUCGUAGGCGGCUCGCCUGCUCCUCCAGGUAGCUGGCCCUGGCUGGUCAACCUCCAGCUAGAUGGUGGCCUGAUGUGCGGAGGGGUCCUGGUGGACAGCUCCUGGGUGGUCACUGCUGCUCAUUGUUUUGCUGGCAGCCGAAGUGAGAGCUACUGGACAGCCGUGGUGGGGGAGUUUGACAUCACAAAGACGGACCCUGAUGAGCAGCUUCUCAAAGUGAAUCGCAUCAUCCCUCAUCCUAAGGUAAGAAUCCAAAGUGUGGGAUACAGUAUAUAUAGUGGGAUAGGAAUAGAUUAUCUGUCCCGUCACCCCUCCCUGGUCAAACAAUCAAACAACCAGAUCAGUCUGUCAUUCAAUCAAUCAAACUGUCUCCACCUCCUCCUGCAGUUCAACCCAAAGACGUUUAACAACGACAUAGCCCUGGUGGAGCUGACGUCCCCAGUGGUCCUGUCCGGCCGGGUCACUCCAGUGUGUCUCCCCUCUGGCAUGGAUCCCCCUACUGGCAGUCCAUGUCUGGUGGCAGGCUGGGGCUCCCUCUUUGAGGGUGAGUGGGAGAUAAUUCACAUGGAUUUUCACUUUAGAGUUAUUUAUAGCUUAGUUUUCUACGGCCCAUCUGCUGACGUGGUGAUGGAGGCCAAGGUGCCCUUGCUGCCUCAGAGCACCUGUAAGAGCGCCCUUGGCAAAGAACUGGUCACCAACACUAUGCUGUGUGCUGGCUAUCUCUCUGGAGGCAUAGACUCCUGUCAGGGAGAUUCUGGAGGCCCCCUGAUCUACCAGGACCGUAUUUCAGGUCGCUUCCAGCUCUAUGGCAUCACCUCCUGGGGAGACGGCUGUGGGGAGAAGGGCAAGCCUGGAGUCUAUACACGGGUGUCUGCUUUCUCUGACUGGAUUCAGUCUGAGAUACAGAAGUCAUUUGGAAGCAGGGAGCCAACAUGUCAGGAGCUUCUCAAGACAACAGAAAUGACGGAGGAGGAACAGAGGUCAGAGUUCAGCUCUCUCUGUCGCUUCUACACCCUGACCUGCCCCGCUGGUCAGUCUGCCAGUGCCUGCAGCCGAAUGGCCGAGGAAAAGUGUCUCACCCGCUUUAAGAAAUGCCGUGAGUUAUGCUUUGAGUUUUCUGACCUGUUGCACGCUCUCUGCCAUCCAGAGUUGCGUUCGUUCCUACAAACCCUGUUGGACUUGCUCCAGAGGGCUGAGGACUACAUCCGGGACAAAGUCGACUUGACCUUCUUCACUCAGACUCUGCCUCAACUGGUGGAGCACAUCUACAGCACAGCUUUCAUUCAUACCAGAGAGAGGAGGGACCUGGGCCUGAGCCACGGUCUCACACAGACUGAAGAACAGCUAGGUGGAGCUGUGGUGCCAACAGAGCAGGCUCUUUCUCCAGUUGCCCGAGCCUUAUUCAGAGAGGUGGGACCCUCAGUGGAUGACUGGGAGAAAUACCUGAGAAACAUGGCGGAGGACCUGAACCGACGACACACCGACACAUCCCCAGACGUCUCCUCCACACCAACAAGACAGGAGGACAAGCUUUUCACACAGACAGAGGACUCCUCAGUGCAUCAGCUGGAGGGAGAAUUUCAAUCCGUUAUCUCAACUCUGCGCUCCAAAUUGGACUCCAGAGCUGCUGCUCCUCCCAUCCUGCACUUGGACACACUCUACCUCCAGGAGGAUUCUCCCAACAGUCCCCCUUUAACCACUACUUCCACUGGAGCACCAGUCCAAACCGGCCCCUCCUCCUCCUCCCAGAAAUCCCAGAAACCUUGGUCACUUCUAACAGCCCUGAUGGAUGAAAUGCAGAAAUUGGGGACACAAGAUGAAAUUGUGACCGAAGAAGCGUCACAAAGUGAAACCUCGUCCAAUAGAGACACUCUUCCUGAUGUAGAAUGGAGCGCCACGUCGGAGGAUUUUACUUUUGUUGAGAAUGAAGAAAGAACAGAAUUAAAAUCUUCAGCGCUUCCAGCGCAGUCAACAUCUGUCGUCACUGAGGGCGCUCACACAGAGACGACCGCUGACCCCAGACAAGCUGUGCACGCUGUAAAGAGUCUUCACAGAAAAUACAGGAGCCUUCUUCGCAAGAGGCAGAUACCUGGCGCCGGCGGGAAAAUUUGUCCAGGAGUGAGAGAGUCCUCGCAGCAAGUCGGCCAAGUCAGAGAGUCUUACAGCUGGGUCUUAAGCAUCCCAAGCAAGAAUCUACGCAUGAACUUCCAAGAGGUGUUAGUAGAUCUGAGCUCCAAGAAUGAUCGAGGACUUUACCAGGCACGAGUCAGGGCCACAGUGGGAGGACGACCUUUGACCUUCUAUAGUCUUGUGGGCCUAGAGAACGAGUCAUUCUACCGCAGCGUGCCAAGGAUCAUCGCUUUGGCACUGGAGGCACUCAAGACUUGACUGUUUCAUAACAGCAAGUGAGAAGACAUGAAAAAUAAAAGACAGACUCAAAUGAGAGACGACAGCACAAAGACUCUCAAAGAGACCACCAGAAAAGCCUCGUCAUGGGACAGAAACGCACAUAAAAGUGCACUUAUUCUGCCGUCUCCUGUGAAAAGCAUUAUUUUGUUUUCCCCGUCAGAGAGCCAGACUUUGGCUCCGAAUGAAAACACAACCAUGAAUGUAUCAAUCCAACUAUCGCCCACCUGUCACGACACAGGAAUUCUUUUUUUUUACGUGGUUGGAGACGCAGCCUUGUCUAACUUAUGAAUCUGUACAAAAUGAUAAGUUAUUCAUAUUGUCUUUUGCAAAGGUUGAACCUCUUGUGAAGCACACAGACUGUUUAUAUUAUUCGUAUUCUUACCUUAUUCUUAUUUAUUUGUAUAGAGAAAAGCAUUUGUAUUUUUGUAAUAAAACAAAAAAUCUAUACAGUAUAUAAAUAAAAUUGUUAUUAAUGCUAUGGCAUGUUGUGUUGAGUGUUGUGGUAAUCUGCAGUUAUGUAAUUCCAAAUUGAACUUUUCGAUGUGAGAUAUUCAAAUUAGCUGACAGUAAUGCUGCUAAUCCUGCAGUAUUUUGCUGCUGGUGUACGGCAUUUCUGCUGACACCCAAACGUGCUCUCUGGAGACAGGCGUUGAUGCCAAUCGGUUCCUCUUGUGACCCCAGAUUGACCUCAGUCCUCCGACCCUUUAAGGGUAAGCUUUCCCAUCAACACAG